AUGGCAACAGCCUCCGUCAAUUCCCGACUGCCGGCGCCAUCGAAGCUCUACGAUCUCGACAUCACGAUCGUCAACGCAAAGCACUUGAAGAAUGUCAACUGGCGUCAGGGAGAACUCAGGCCUUACGUGAUCUUCUGGGUCGACCCGGAUCGUCGCCUCGCCACCAAGCCUGAUGAUUCCGGGACGAACCUAUCCGUAUGGAACGAGCGUUUUGUUUUGCCGCUCUCUCUUCCUCCUAGAGAUUCUCUGCUCACAUUGGAGAUCUUCCACUCCCGACCCUCGGAGACUUCGAAACCCUUGGUUGGCACCCUCCGAAUCGAACUCAGGGAUCUCCUGGUGGACUCAAACGAUUCAGCUACUCGAGUCAAAUCAUUUGAGCUUAAACGCCCAUCGGGUCGCCCCCACGGGAAGAUCCGAUUGAAAUUGUCUCUCCGUGAACGCCCCAAUGAAAAUUACCAAACUGCACCUCCAUCCAGCUAUAUGUACUCUGCUGCACCUCCCCCUCCCUUGCCGACUUACCCCGGACGCGACUACAGAGGAUACUCCGCUGCUCCUUAUUCCAGUAUUUCAAUGGUUCAUCCGCCUCCGUCUAUGCCAUCUCCGCCACCACCUCCUGCACCUCAAUCCUUCUCAUACACCACGUACUCCGAUCCAUACUCAGGCUACUAUCCCGGUUACUACUCGCAGGUGCCGCCACCACCUCCUCCUCGGCCGUUUUUUGAGAGGCAGUCUAACUAUGGUGGACCAGGGCCGAGUGCCCCUGUGGAUUAUGCGUCCUAUGAUCACCAAAAACGAGGGAGUGGAAAAUUUGGAAUGGGAAUGGGUACAGGAUUGGCAGUUGGAGCUGUGGCUGGAGCACUCGGAGGGCUAGCACUGGAAGAAGGGAUAAAGUACGAGGAAGAAAAGAUAGCAGAGAGAGUUGAGAAUGACAUGGCUUCAAGAGAUGACCAUUACAGUGAAUUUCGCGCUGAUUUUUGA